GACGCAGUGGCGCGGAAAAAAACGUUCUAAAACACUAAGACCGAGUCAAAAUCAACAUUGGUCGUGAUCGAUAACAGUCUUAUCAGCAUGGUAUGCUGCAAACAAGAUUAGUUUUUUAUAUGCGCAAUUUUGAUGUAUCUUUACACCACCGAUCACCAUACUCCUUCUAAGCAAAAACCCAAGACCACCAGUCCGCACUACAAGAUGAGCGCCUACGGAGGGUCGUUUUGGCGACGGAGCGAGACAUGGAGGCUUUUGCUGGUGCCUUGGAAAGUGUCAGUGCUGACUUGACGAACUUGAGAAAAAGAUUGGCUCAAUUGGAAACUACUACUGGUGGUGGACCUCGUUUAGGAGGAGCUGGUGGAUUCGGGAAUGAAGGCGCAAUAUCCUCGGGUACUGCGACGCUUAUGACUUUCAAGAUGUUUCUAACAGACUAGAACUUGACGGUGUACAAGCAGGUUGUCUUUGUCCGAAAUGGCGGAGGUGGUUUUUUCCCAAUGGCCAUAUCAGGGGCACUCACAAGUGAGAUCUUUCCGCCUCGUUCUUUCGUUCUAACUUCCACCUAGCCCCC